ACAGGGAAAGGUAGGAUGGGGCAUUGUGCAGUCCACAGGCCACUCAUGUCGUGAUUUGAUUCUAAGCUGCAGUAUUUAGGCAGCAUUUUAAUUAUUUCUCACUUGGUGCUGGAGCUGCCUUCAUGCUUCAAGGGAGGCUACUCUCCAGAACACAACAUCCGAAAGUGCAACCAAAUCCAAACCAUGCCUCCACCGAGCACUAAAAAGCCACUGUUUCCUACUACAGAUGACCCAGUUGCUCCAGAGCAACCAAUUCAGCCAGCAACAGUUGUUGUAAUCCAGCCAGGAUCAUACAAUCUUCGCAUUGGAAGAGCAUCAGAUGCCUAUCCAGUAACUGUUCCACAUUGUAUUGCGCGAAAAGUCAAAUCAUCACCAUUCCAAGAACAGUCUUUAGAAUGGAUAGUGCGCGAAGAAUGCAGCCACCCAGAAUCUGACCAUCAGAUUAAAGACGGUAUCAAGUCUGUUGAAGAACUACUAUUGUCACGUCCUACUUUGACAGGAGAAUAUCGCCAGCUUACUCCUUUUAAGCAGCUUUCAGUCUUUAAUAAACAAGCACAACCAGAGAUGUCUGAACGAAUAUGUUCACAGAGAUGGACCAGCACAGAAUCCAAGACAUUCUUUGUGGGAGAGGAGGCAAUGUUCAUUAAUGCCAAAGAUGGCUAUCAACUGAGCUGGCCAAUCAAAAGAGGUCGUUUUAACCUUCAUAAUAAGGCAGGGGGCACUCUUACCUCAGUUCUAGCUGAUCUUGAAACAAUAUGGAGCACAGUCAUCAUGAGCCAUCUACACAUCCCUCUCAAAGACUUCAAGCAUUACAGGGUAGUUCUGCUCAUUCCUGACAUCUACGUGCACAAACACGUGAAAGCCAUGGUAGAACUGUUACUGAAUAAUCUGGGAUUUGAAGCUGUCAUUGUGCAUCAGGAGUCAGUGUGUGCAACAUAUGGUGCUGGAGUAACUUGUGCUUGUAUAGUUGAUGUUGGGGAUCAGAAAACUAGUAUUUGUUGUGUUGAAGAUGGCAUAUCUCAUAAGGCUACCAGGAUCACCAUGGAAUAUGGUGGUAGUGAUGUUAGCAGAUGCUUGCAUUGGUUGCUUCGGCGAAGUGGUGCCAGCUUUCCAGAAAUGAGGCUUACUCAGGCCACAGGCAUACUGCAAUUACAGGAACUUAAAGAAGCUUUUUGUCACAUGGAUCAGGAUCGACAUGGUGUUCGACCGCAUGUGAUGCAAGUCAAGCUUCCUCAGCAACACAUCAUCAAGUACAGCCUGCGCCUUGGAGACGAGAUGAUUCUGGCUCCUUUGGCCCUUUUUCGACCAGAUUCCUUUGGCUUACAAGGAUCUCACCUUAUUCGCACACAGACACGCUGUGAGGGGGAUCCAGAGGAUCCACAUGAUGAGGACUAUCUUAGACGAACUCAGCGACAGUCACAGGGUGGUCGACUUGGGGCACCAAAGAAAGAUACCUCUGAUGGUGCACGAGACCUCACAGAAACUAGCAUGAGCAACCUGGAUGACCUUAAUCCAACAGCUAUGGAUGAUGACUCAAAUGAUGCAAAUGACAGUCUUGCUCCCACAGAGGGUGGCACAAAGGCCAGCAGGAAGGAAGAAGAAGAAGAGGAGGAAAUGGUGGAGGAAGAAAGUAACUUGCAGCUCAUGGGCGUUGAUCAGGCAGUGCUUCACAGCAUUGAGAAGUGUGAUGGCGAUGAGGUGAAGCGUAAGAUGUACAGCUGCCUUCUUGUAGUGGGUGGAGGAAUGAUGUUUGAAGGGGCACAAACCUGGCUUCAGUAUCAGGUCUGGAUGCAAAUGCCAGUACAACACCGUGUGGCUCUUGAAACCAUGGAUGUCAUCACAAGGCCAAAGGACAUGGAUGCCUGUCUUGCCAGCUGGAAAGGGGCUGCAAUUUUAGCAUGCCUUGACAGCAGCCAAGAGCUGUGGAUUCGUCAGAAUGAAUGGCGUCAGUUCAGUGUCCGUCUUCUCAGGGAGCGGGCCCCUUUUAUUUGGUAACAUGUCUCGAAUGACUCAAAACAGUGGCUUAGUGAUUUGAGGAAAGCAUGUUACCUAUGGGGCAGCAACAACAAGGCUGCACAUGAUGAUUAUUCUUUGCAUGUAUUAACCUGACAUUGAGCAGAUAUGAAUGAAAACCAUUUAUUUUUAUAAUUAAGAAUGACAACCUUUAGUAUGUGUAUUUAAAAAUAAAAAAAAUUAACUUGA